AUGUCGACCUCGACCCGACAUCCCACCCGCCCGCGCCGCAUCGACGAUGCCCUCUCCCAACUAGUCGACUCCCUGACCCCCGCGCUCCCCAUCACAGCUCUCCAAAAUGACGAUUACUCCGACCCGGAUGAAGCGCUCGUUGCUGCCGAAGAACGCCGUCAUAGCGCUUACCUCGAGCGUGCCUGGCGCAUCAUUGACACCCAUACCGCCUCUGGUUCCGCGGAGGGCGGCUCUCCAUCAGGUCGUCGGGGUAGUAUCGCGGGAGCAGAAAAUGUUAACAAUGCCGCAGACCUGAUCAAGCGUAAGCUGCGGCGUGAGAACGCAAGCCCAGAGCUAGCAGUGAAGUUCUCAAACAUGUACUCCAAGCUCCUGACGCAGCCCGUGCUUUCACAGAAAUGGGGAAUCCUGUACCUGCUCUAUAAGCUAUCAGACGAGAACGAAUUUGCGGCUGAACAUGGCGGGGAGCGGAGUCGCAGCCCGCUUAUGGAUGAUGGCAAUUUGCAGAAUAUGCUUGGUCGGGGUAAUCGGCCUCGACGCGGUACUGGGUCUCGUCCGUUGGACUCGGAGGACGAUGAGGGUCCUGCCGUUAGUUCUUCCGCGUCGCAACGGGUGCCGCUGUCGUCUAAACCAGAGCGUCAGAGCUCACUGCGUCGGGACUGGGAACGAGAGGAGCGUGCUAGUCGUGUCGCGAGCAGCUUUGAUACGGCGAUGACUGACCGGGAAGAUGAACAUGCGGAUGCGGCGUCACCUCGACCGUCUACAGCAACGCCGGCUGCUCAACCUCGGGCUCCAGAGGAGUUUGAACAUGGGCUCUUGCGCGACCUGCCUUUCAAUUUGCAGGGACUGUCUUCAACGAACCUACAGUUUCAAUCAGCUUCCAUCCUGAGAUUGCCGCCUAAUCUACCGGCUCCGUUUAUUUCUUUGCUUAACUCCCUGGCCGAGCCUUGUUUACUUUACAAAGGAUUGUCUGCCUUUGUGGAAACUACAGAGGGUGGGCUGGUAAAUCAGAGUCUCCGGGCUGCCAUCGCUAACGAGCUACGGUCUUAUCUUAGCUUGGUUGCGACCCUAGAAGCGGAGAUUCGACAGGCACUUACUACCAUUGGCAACGCAAGCGAGCCUAAAAGCGUUCGGAAGGGCGGGGUUACCCUGAAGCGUUGCGUGGUUUGGACAAGGGAUGCCACAAUGGCUCUCCGACUGAUGAGCCUUAUUGUUGAAGAAUCUCGAGACAAGAAAGGAGGUCAAUUGAUAUCAUUGAUCCAUGGAUUUUCCUCAUCGCACGGAGAUCCCUUUGUGUGUGCCUUUGCAGAGAAGCUUCUAGUCCAUGUCACACAACCCUUUUAUGACAUGCUUCGGUCAUGGAUCUACGAUGGUGAACUCUCUGACCCAUAUGAGGAAUUCUUUGUUGCGGAAGGAAAAGGAAAGCCCGAUGAGGACCCCCGCCGUAUCGCCACUAGCGUUUGGGAAACAAAGUACGUCUUGGAUGAGAAAAUGCUUCCUUCAAUCGUUACCCAAGAAUUUGCAAACAAGGUUUUCCUCAUUGGAAAGUCUUUGAACUUCAUCCGAUACGCUUGCGGUGAUUCCGCAUGGGUGGAGGCAUAUUCCAAGGAGGCUUCAAAAGAGCUUACAUACGGCGAUACUGCCACUCUGGAGAUAUCCAUUGAUGAGGCCUACAAGACCACCAUGGCUCGUCUUAUCCACCUAAUGGACAACAAAUUCAAGCUCUUCGAUCAUUUGCAGGCAUUGAAGAAGUAUCUGUUGUUAGGACAAGGUGACUUCAUCGCGUUAUUGAUGGAGUCUCUAGCCUCGAACCUGGACCGCCCUGCAAACUCCCAAUACCGACAUACGCUCACUGCUCAGUUGGAACAUGCUAUCCGUGCCUCAAAUGCGCAGUAUGACUCGCCAGAUGUGCUCCGCCGGCUGGAUGCACGUAUGCUUGAGCUCAGUCACGGCGAGAUUGGUUGGGACUGCUUCACCCUGGAAUAUAAGAUCGAUGCCCCCGUUGACGUCGUAAUUACACCAUACGGAUCAACUCAAUAUCUCAAAGUUUUCAAUUUUCUCUGGCGCGUAAAGCGAGUCGAGUUCGCUCUCAACAGCACCUGGCGCCGCUGCAUGACCGGUGCAAGAGGUGUACUCGCCCACGUUGACGACAAAGUUGGACCAGACUGGAAGCGUGCACGAUGUGUUAUUGCUGAAAUGAUCCACUUUGUCUGUCAACUCCAGUACUAUAUCUUGUUCGAGGUUAUCGAAUCCAGCUGGGACACGCUGCAGGCAGCCAUAUCCAAACCAGACUGCACGCUCGAUGAUCUCAUCAUGGCUCACAAACAAUACCUCAACUCCAUCACGCACAAGGGUCUUCUUGGCUCGGCCUCUCCACGCUAUGGUUCUUCCACCUCCGCUUCCGCCAAGCAACCUGAAGAAAGCUUCCUCUCCCAGCUCCACCACAUUCUCAAGAUCAUGCUCUCCUAUAAGGACGCCGUCGAUGGUCUCUACUCAUUUUCUGUCGCGGAAUUCACUCGCCGCCAGGAACUAAAUGCUAAAAUUGAAACCCGCACCGCACAGGGCCGUUGGGGCGUCACAGAUCGUGACCUCCUACCCCUUCGCACAAAUAGCCGUGGGGGCACAUCCAUGUCCUCAACACCAAAUCUUCGACCCUCAAGCUCUGGUCUCGACGGACUCGAUACUCCGUUCUCCCUCUCGGCGCAGGACUCCUCGGCUGAUGACCACAUGCUCGCGUCUCUACGCGUGCGGCUCCGGGAUCUUUCUGUUGAUUUCCGCUCGCGCCUGAAUAUCUUGCUCGGGGACCUUGCCUAUCAACCUGAUGUUGAUAUGCGCUUUUUGGGUGUCAACAUGAACUUCAAUGAUGUAUACGAGCCUAUAAAAAGACGACGGGCUACAGGUCCUAGCUCGCGGGAUAAGGAGAAAGAAAGGGAGAGAGAGCGUGCCAAGCGGAAAGCGGCUUCUGCUCAGGCCACGGGCUCGGGCACUGAAGGGAAUAGCAUUCCACGGAGGGAACGAAAAGAUGCCCAGGAACAAGGUGCUAAUGGAGUUGCGGCGUGA